AUGAAGAAUAUGGUUGACAUUACUCGCGAAUCCGCGGAAAAAUUAAACGAUGUGGAAGAUGCGGAAGAAUUUUUGCUCAACACAAAUACCCCAACAGCUACCGACUCAUCUUCUACGACAACUGCUAACAAUACCAUCAACUCGUCCGGUUCUCCACCUGAAGCAGAAGAGUUGCCCACAGAUGAAUUCGCACGAAAAGCCGAUGCAGUUAUUGACUCGUUAGAGGAUGAGCCUCAAAGUACAAACGGCAUCGAAAAAGAGCCCGACGCAUCAAUCAAUAAGAAUGUAGCGAUCGAUCCUCAACUACUCGACAUAAGCCAGAUGGAAUCUUUUGUGGAUAUCUCGAUGGAUCAGACAGCAUAUUCAAAUGUAUCAUCAGAAUCUGACCUCUCCCGGGUAUCCAUCCUUACAACCACUGAAGCUCCUACUAGGGCAACCACAACGGAAAUGGCUGAGGAUGUUUCCACUUCACUGGAGUCGACAACCAUUCGAAAGCGAAGCAGCGUGAGUGAUGCGCACGACAGGAACCUCAAAAUUACAGUGCCGGUACCCAAUGCAAAAGAGUACGACUGGUCCAUUGUUUCCAGCACAGCCUCACCACGUCCUCCAAAUGAAGGUGAUACAACUACCAAAACGCCCAUUGUAGUGCGAUAUUUUGUAAAAAUCACUAGAAACCCAUUGUUGAUAAAAAUUCCUGCUGACGAGGCUUAUUUCAUUAAGAACACUACUCCGAUGCCUUUAACUUCUACUACAGAAGCGAGUGCAGGCGACAUCAUAACGGAUGAAGUGACAGAGACCAGUGAAGUUGAGACCACCGAGCUUACGACUGAUCAGGAUGCACGAGAUGCUGUAACAACAGAUAGCGCCAAAGAAAUUGACACCUUCCCUAUCGGCAGAAUACCAGAUUUUGUACCAAUUGGAAAUAUGGAAGAAAUUAUGCCUAUUUGGAAAGGAGAUUUUUUCGAAUCGGCAGAAGUGCAAGAUCAAGAACAGGAGCUGAAAUCUAGCAUAACUCCAAAGCUAUUUGAUGAAACUACGGCAAUGGCUACAUCUGAAAACGCUAGUGAUCCUUUCGAUUUCGAAAGCACAACCACUGAAGUGAUAAAGACGAGCGAAGCAGAGACCCCAGAGCCUACGACUAGUCAGGAAGAGCCAAGUACCGCAGCUGAUGCAUCGACAGCAGCUUUGAGCUUGUCGAGCAAAUUCUCUGAGACAUUUGUGGAAAAUGCAACUUCGGAAGAGGACGAACCACUAGGAGUGCCACCACUGGGUUUUUUCUUUCUCAGGACAACCUUGCCACCCAAAGUUGUGACUGAUGACGUUGACAGUACGACCAUAGCACAAGAGGUGGAAAAGGAAAGCAAUAGUAGAAGUGAUGAUUCUAACGAAGAGGACGUCUUAUCUAUCGCAAAAGGCAACAAUGCAGUCCCUGAAAUAAAGAGGACAACUGUCAAAUCAUCAGACGUAGCGGAAAAUAUAAAUAAGAAAUUCUUUAAUCAAAGUAGACCAGCGCAAGGACCAGCAAAGCUGCAGCCGUUUCCACCUCCUCAAUUAUUGGAGUCAAGCAGUGAAGACAAGCUGUCAGGAACGGCAGUUCUUGAUGAAGUGCAAGAUAUCUCAGUGCUAGCCACUCUCCCUCAAGCAGUAGCAUCUAGCGCUCCAAAGACACACGUCAAGGAGUCGGUGCCAAGGCGUUUGCAACCAUUGCACGAGAUGCUUGUUCCAGUUGUUCCAUCGGUUUAUCCAAAACGUCUCCAAGAGCUUCCGGAAAUGCCGCAAUCCCUACAGGAGGAUCUGUCGCAAAGUUUCUCUUUGGAAUCACCUGAGGACGAGAUUCCGGAUUCCUUGAUUGAGCCCACGGCUGCAUCCGAUAUUCCGCAAAAUCCUAUAGCCAGUUCACAGAUUUCCAACAAACACAGCGAAUUUGAUGGUCAGAUAUCCGCGACAGCGACGACUCCGUCCGAAGACAAAUCGUCAAACUCGCUUGAGCAAUCAGUUCCGAGCAAGCCGAAGCAAAUGUCUCAUGAGCUACAAGAAACUCUGCAGCAAUCAAUAUCACUUCAAAAAAAUCGUAAAGCAUCAGUAGAUAGCAAUCCAAUUCCUUCUUCAUCACUUUCCCAAGAAGUGCCAGAACUUCCCCCGCUUGAUACAUCUGCUCAGCUGAUACAAGAUCCGUUGCCAGGAUUAACGCCACUAUUCGAUGCAAAGAUGCAGAAACAUGCGCCUCUAGCGCCGCCCGUUUUCACCGAAGUCCCUCCUGUGCAGCGUUACACUACGAUGAAAGUCGAAACUGUGAAACCAAUCCCGCAUAUUGGUACAACUAAAAAGCUAAGAAUUAAGUCACCUUUUAUCAAACCUGAUCGGUUGCCUGCAGAAGAAGGAUUAUGGUGGACCCCUCGGCCAAAUUUAGUUGACAAGAACGUGCUGGACUCAGCUGUAUCGGAUAUUUUCAAGGAGAGAAAAACCAGACAAUUUCAGAAAAUGUACAAGGUGACGAAACGCCCUCCUCCACACCCAUAUAUUCUCACCACGAAGAAAAAAACAAGCGAUCCUCCACUCGCACCUCUGACUACAUCAUCCGCCGUGGGCCAAAUGACCCUCACAACUUUGCCACCGAUAGAAUUUCUUGCGUCGCGUAAACCAGCUCCGUUUGAAGACGUUCCAGUCCGCAAGCUUUUCAAUGUCGCAAACAGAAAACUGACCAGAAAGCCUAUAAAGGUCAACAAAAUUCUGAACCAUCAAUGGGCCUCCUACAAGUUGAUUACUGCUUCACCAAAAAAACCUAAUUCAAUGAAGGAACCAAGUUUGAAAAAGCUAACUAAGGACGCCAGGGCUAAUGCUGUCGAAGCCAAGAUAAUCCCUUCAGUGACUAAGUUCAAGCGACAACCUGAAGAAAAGUCCAAUUUACUUGCAAUCUCUAUAAAACCAUCUUCAUCUCCGAAACCUGUAGCCACGGAAGGACCGAAACUGAAAAUUACAAGACAUCCACCAUUGGCUCACAUAGUAAAUCGCGACAUGGACGAGCUAGAGUUGGCGCUCAAGCAACUCGCAAAAAUGGAUGUGAAUCAUCAGGAACAAACUUCUUACUUCGGAGACUACAGAGAUAGUGUGCAUUCAGUUGAUGGAGAAACCUCUCGAUCUGGACUUACAAAACUCAUUCGUCCAUUGGUUCCGAGAAAAACGCAUCCAAAAAUUGGAACAGUUCGAGGUCGAGGAAUCAAAAAAACCAUCAACACAAGUUUCAAAUUUAUACCACCUCCUCCACCAUCCGAUGCAGAAGUCUCCAAAAACAUUCACGAACGCUCGUCAACACUGGAAAAGUUAGUCAACACGUAUAAGAAUGAUGAAGAGAGACUAUCAGCAUCGAAAAAGCUCUGUGUAAGCAUUCAAUGUGACUAUGAGAAAGGUGAUCUUUGCGGCUUUGACUCCUCACUCAGUGUGUCAAUUACGAAGCACAGAAAAUCAAAAAGAGCAAUUGAUUCCGCGUACUUCGAUAUGAAACGCUGGACAAAUUGGCGUGGUUAUUAUAACGACACCAAUAAAAGGAUAGAUCAAGCACCUGUGUUUUCUGCUACAAAUCGGCGAUUUGCUGGUACUCUACUCAAUGGUCAGCAAAUGGCAACAAUGUCGCUAAGGGUGAUCACUAUGGAACCCAUCACUGUAAAUUUUGACGCAUGGGAAGCUACACAACAGAUGCAGAUGCGAGUCUGUUGCGAUGGAAUUUGCCCACUUUCAAAUUACUCGAAUCGACCCGUUAACAAAAUGUGGCGGCGAUACUCAAUAAAGUGUCCAAGUAACACUCACAUGGUCAUCUUCGAAUGCAUGAACUUUGGCAAUCGACGAGGAGCUUGCGGUAUAGACAACUUCGUUUUGCAAAGCCAAAGCUGUGCAUACAAGUCUGCAAAGGAUUUCUCAUAA